AUGCCAAAUGUCCUCUCUGCGCACGUGCUGCGGUAUGCACAUGCUCCACGCGGUCAGUCCCUCGCAGUCCUCGGCGAAAGCUACCUUGCUGUUGGCUGUAGCUCAGGCUCGAGUCGUCCAACAGCAACGCGCCGUGCUCCCGCCCGCGCGCUGGUGGGGGAGCAUUCUGCAUUGCUAGCUGCAGACCCUUUCGCAAGUCUUCCUGCACGCCAGCUUUCAGCAGCGGAGAAGAAGAUGGCGGUGAACGAGGCCCACGCAGCGAAUUGUCAGCGCAUGCCCGCCACAUCCACCAACAACGCCCGUCUGUCUGUCUGCGCCGGGAGAGCAGAGCCAGUUGCACUGCACAUUUGCUCGAACACAACCACCGUCCUGGCCGGCGGACAGUUGCUCUAUGAUACUCAUGGCAGGCGAUGCUUGCUGCGUCCGAGUCCUCUGACCCGUGAUGAUUGA